AUGAAGCAAAUUCGAGAUUUCGUGUAUGAAAACUUAAUUCAAUGCAAAAAUAUGCAACGAUGCGUUGUGCAUUUAUGUUAUGUACAAUCAUAUGAAUAUGGUUUUCGAUACUUGAGAAAAUAUUCUGGAAAUGAUAAAUUCGAGCAUCACAUCCAAAUAGCAUUUAAUCUCAUGUCUGCGUUAUCAAAAUUAGAAGCUCUUUGUUUUUAUUUAACAAGUGAAAACAGGACGAAAAAUGAUUUCGAAAAGCUUUGA